CUUGGAGGCGAUAGUCGCGACGAGCUAGCAGUGUGUGUCCGGCAAGUCGACGCGCGCGCGGGUGUGCAUGUGUGAGUGUGUGUGUGUCAGUGUGCCGUGCGUGUAGGACCCGAGUCAGUCAGUGCAUCCGCGACCAGCCCAACAAGUGCACGGUGGCGAUGACGUCGCUGCCGCUGCUGCUGGCCGCACUGGCCCUGGUGCGCGCCGACCCCAGCCCGGCGCCCGCGCCCAAGCCCGCCGCACAGCUCGAGUUCGACCCCAACUUCGUGGACCUGGGCAACCUGCCGGGGCGGCCGUCGUCCCCGAGGCCGCCGUCGCAGACCGGCGGCUUCGAGAACCGCCAGUUCGACGUGGGCGGCCGGCCGCAGUUGGAUAACCGGCAGUUCGACGGCGGCCUCAACCGUCCGUUCGACGGCCGGUCGUACAACCAGCCACCCUUCGGGAACGGCGACCGGCAGUUCAGCCAGCAGCCCUUCAACGGCGGCAACCAGCAGUUCAGCCAGCAGCCCUUCAACGGCGGCGGCCAGCAAGCCCUGGACGCGGCGGGCCGGCCGCUCGGCGGCGGCCGCCCGUUCGACGUGGCCUCGGGGGGCCGCUUCCAGGACAACACCAACUACCGCGGCGCGGCCGGCAGGAGCUUCGACGGGCCCCGCGUCCCGCAGACGGUGUUCAGCGACGUCGGCCAGGACCAGAUCAACGGUCCUUCGCCUGCGCUGCCCGGCGCGCCCCGCCCCGCGUCCUCCUACCCCGGCGACCGCGACCGCUACAACGGCCCGGGGCUCAACGGCGACGCGCCCUUCCUGCGGCCGCUGGGGCCGCCGGGCUUCAACGGCAACCCCGACGGCUUCCCGGGACCGUCCGUGCCGCCAGUGCCGCCGCCCAACUACAUCCCCGAGGGCGAGCUGCGCGAGCUGCUGGCCAGGGUGGACUCGCUGACGUCGCAGCAGUGCACCCACACCGUGGCCGCCCAGUGGGCCUUCGAGACCAACGUCAACGCCGUCACCCAGGUGUCCGCGCUGGAGGCCCAGCUUCAGAACUCCGAGCUCCAGCGCGCGGUGAGGGAGACUCUGAACCAGGUCGACCUGAACCUCGUGGAGAACCCCGACCUCGCCAGGCAGAUCCGCCUGCUGUCUGUCAUCGGCCCUGCAGCCCUGCCGCCGGACCAGCUGGACAGGUACAACGGCCUCAUCAACUCGAUGCUGGCGGUCUACAACAGCGCCACCAUCUGCGCCCACCGCGAGCCGCUCCGCUGCGGCCUGCGACUUGACCCAGACCUCACCCUGAUCAUGGCGCGCUCCCGCGACUGGGACGAGCUGCAGUACGUGUGGCUGGAGUGGCGACGCCGCUCCGGCUUCAAGAUCAGGGACUUGUUCGACCAGCUGGUGGACCUGAGCAACAUGGCGGCCAAGCAGAACAACCUGACGUCGUUCGCCGAGUACUGGCUGUUCCCCUACGAGACCCCCGACUUCCGCCUGCAGUUGGAGUCGGCCUGGGAGGAGGUGCGGCCGCUGUACGAGCAGCUGCACGCCUAUGUGCGCAGGAAGCUCAGGGACUUCUACGGCCCGGACAAGAUCUCGCGCCAGGCGCCGCUGCCGGCGCACAUCCUUGGCAACAUGUGGGCGCAGUCGUGGAGCAACAUUCUGGACAUUACCAUCCCGUACCCCGGCAAAAACUUCCUCGACGUCGGGCCGCAGAUGGCCGCCCAGGGCUACACGCCGGCCGCCAUGUUCCGGCUGGCCGAGGAGUUCUACACGUCCAUGAACAUGAGCGCCAUGCCGGCCGAGUUCUGGAGCCACUCGGUGAUCGAGGAGCCGCCCGCCAGGGUGGUGGUGUGCCAGCCCUCCGCCUGGGACUUCUGCAACCGCAAGGACUACCGCAUCAAGAUGUGCACGCACGUCAACAUGAUGGACCUGGUGACGGCGCACCACGAGAUGGCCCACGUGCAGUACUUCAUGGAGUACAAGAGGCUGCCCAAGGUGUACCGCGACGGCGCCAACCCCGGCUUCCACGAGGCGGUGGGCGAGGCCAUCUCGCUGUCCGUGGCCACCCCGCGGCACCUGCAGGCCCUGGGGCUGGUGCAGACGGCCGUCGACGACCUGCCCCACAACAUCAACUUCCUGUUCGCGCUGGCGCUGGACAAGCUGCCCUUCCUGCCCUUCAGCCUGGCUCUGGACAAGUGGCGCUGGGACGUGUUCCAGAAGAGGAAGAGCAAGGACCAGUACAACUGCCACUACUGGUUCCUGAGGGAGCGCUACUCCGGCAUCAAGCCGCCGUUCCUGCGGUCCGAGUUCGACUUCGACCCCGGCGCCAAGUUCCACGUCCCGGCCAACAUCCCCUACAUCAAGUACUUCGUGGCCACCAUCCUGCAGUUCCAGAUCCACAAGGCCAUGUGCCGCGCCGCCGGACAGUACGACCCCGAGAACGACGACCUGCAGCUGCACAAGUGCGACAUCUACCGCUCCAAGGAGGCCGGCAACAUCCUCAAGCGCCUGAUGGAGUCAGGCUCCAGCACCACGUGGGGGGACGCCCUCUACGCCGCCACCGGAGAGAGCCGCCUCAACGGGUCGGCCCUCCGCGAGUACUUCCGCCCCCUGGAGGAGUGGCUGCAGAACGAAAACCUGAGGACCAACGAGUUCGCGGGCUGGACUUACGACGGCGACUACUGCAAGCGCAGCAUCGAGACGGCGGGGCUCGAGGUGUACGGCGGCUUCUACAACGCGGGCCCCGGCGGGGUGCACCAGGCCCCGCGCGGCGCGCUCCACGCCGUCUCCCUCCUGCUGCCCUCCGUCCUCCUGCUGUGGCUCUCCACGCCGCACCGCACUCUCAGGCGGUGAGGCGGAGACACUUUGCUGCUUCUGCUCGACCAGAGAACCAACCCUGUGCCAACUGUAAUUUAGUGAUCCGAUGACUCGAAGUUCGAAGAACAUGUUUCCAGGCAGAGAAGUUGCCACACCUGCUUGUUCAUAAAGUCCCUUAACUCAAAUUGGAAUUAUUGUGGCGUGCAAGCUGAAGCUGGGCAGCACAUUGACUGAGUUGAUCGACUUUUGGGAUCUCAGUGUGUCCCUGACAGCAGACUCGCUGAGGCCCUUCCGUAUUUAGAUGACUUGCUGCUUUGGUCUUCAUUUUUAGUCACUUUGCCAUGACCAUCUAAGAAGCAAAAUUUCAUCCAUAAUGGGGAAUACUCCUUAAUCUUAGAAUACUAAUUUAAGACAUGACCAGAACAGUCUGUUUUUUUAUUUUAAAUGUUGUACAUAAUUUAUGUCAUAGUGAAUAAUACAACUGUUUGUACCCCUUUUUGAAAAAAUCUUGAUUAAAUUGAGGUAAUCUUCAAAAGCGACCUUAAUUUUAUCCCAGCAUCUGAACAUGACAUUUCUGUCAAGUAGAAAACAUGGAAAUAAAGUUAAAAGUCAUUUAAGUGCUGUACACUGUAAAUUAAUUUAUUGUUUCCUCAUCUUAGAUGUUAAAUAAAAUAAAGAGUAAAGAUUACCUGCACACAAUACUCCACUUUAUUACAGAGAUGUUCUGUUGGCAAUUGCUAUUAAACUUGGUACAAAAUGGGAUGAUUUGAAUUAGUACUUAAA